UUCAAACGUUGCAACUUGCAUUUCGACUUUUAAUGACACAUAAUAUUUUAAAGUUAAAAUAUAUACGUUUGAAAUUUAAAACUAUUUUCGUGUAAUUAUGUAUAGUUUCAACAGUUACGUUCAAAUGCAUAGUAGUUAGGAAAAAUAAUAUACUUACCAAUAAUUAAAAACCCUGCAGGCGUUUCAACAACAAAUGGCUGACGAGUGUUCGGUUUUACAAGAAGAAGAGAGAGAAGCGUUAUUGUCAAUCUACGAUGGCGAUGAAGCAUUUAAAGAAGUAUCUCCAACAAUUUAUCAGUAUAAAUACGGUGAAGAUGAUGAUAACAAAUCAUUUUUGCUAGAGAUAGAGUGGCAUGGCAAUUACCCAAACGAAGCUCCAAAAAUAAAUUUGGAUACUUUUUACAAUAGGCACAUCGUAAGUUCAGUUAAACAAAAUAUCCUGGACAAAAUUGCAACCGAGGCCAAUCAUUAUUUGGGAGAGUCCAUGACCUUUACACUUUUUGAAUUCAUUAAAGAUAUUUCUGAAGAACUUGUUGCGGAACAACCUACUAAAGAAGUCAUUGAAAGCAUGACAAAACUUACAAUAGAUAAUGAUGAAGAUAUAACAAAGAAAGUAACAGUAAAAAAGGAUCACAUGAGCAAAGCACAAAAAAGAAAACAAUGGGAUCGCCUGGAUUCCAAAGGAGAUAAACCUCGGGGAUUUGACUGGAUAGAUGUAGUAAAACAUCUGUCUCAAACAGGAUCGUCCAAGGUAGAAAUAUCGACUUGAUCAGCAAUACUGUGAUAUCUAAUAAUAAAAACUAUUUUUGAGAA